AUGUGAGAUAUAGAAACAGGAGAACUUAUAAAAUCAAUUAAAACGAGUUUUUCCUGACCUGAUAGCAAUUUUGGCCUCGCAUUACCAUAUGUUUGUUUCGAAAUACAAACCAUACCACUUUUGAAAUGCUUAGCAAAAAAUGGGCAAAUAGAAAUAAAGUGGUUCAAUGAGGCAUUAUUCAAUAAGCACCAUUUAUCAUUUUCUCCUGAUGGAAAUUAUGUAGCUACAAAGAAAAGAAAAGAUUAUAUAGAUAUUUGAGAUGCAAAAGCUUUAGAAAGUCAUUCUUUUCCUUAUAAAGAAAUUACCUCUAUAUCUUUUUCCUAUGAUGGGAAAUAUAUGGCAUAUACAGAUGCUUCAAAAUCAAUAAAAAUCCAAAAUAUCGAAAAAAAUAUAAAUAUUGUAAAGCUUAAAGGUCACCAAGCUAUAGUUUGGUAUGUGAUUUUUUCUAAAAUAUCGUAUUUUUUGGUUUCUUUAUAUGUGGAUAACAUAGUGAUUAUCUGAGACACUUUAAAUCAAUAUCCUUUAAGCAAGAUUGAAAUUAAAGACCAAGUACGAGCUCUUGAUCUAUCUUUUGAAAACAAUUUUAUUGGGGUUGGACUAUUAAAUGGAAAUAUUAAGGUAUGAAAUACAAACAAUCUAUCAGAUAGUUUUUCUUUAAUGCACAAAGGAGCGAUUAUUUGUAUAAAAUUUUCACCAUGUGAAAAUUUUAUUGCAGCUGCCAGUAAAGAUGGGAAAUUUAUAUUGUGGAGAAUUAAUAAAAAAAACUUUGUGAGUUUUGGUAGAAAACGCAUGAAAGAGGUUUCUUACAUAUGUUUUGCUAAAUCAAGAAAUUAUUUGGUUUCAGCUCAUAUAAAUGGUGAUAUUAUUUUUUGAGACAUUAAUUAUCAACAGCAAGUUAUGAAAGUGGAAACAAAUGGAGAGAUUAUAAGAUCAAUAGCAUUAUCUCCAUGUGAAAAUUACUUGGUUGCUGGGUAUUUUGAUGGCUUUGUAAGAGUGCUGAGUACUUUGCAAGGAAAUAUAAUCAAAUCGCUCCAAUAUCAUCGUAAAUCUGUUUGUUCAGUUGAAUUUAUAAAUAGUGAAAAGCUACUAUUUGCAUCUGCGAGUAUUGAUGCUACAAUUAACUUUUUGAGAAUCUAA